AUGAUUGAAAUUCUUAACAUGACUAGUUCAGGAGAUCCCGUUCAGUUACCACUCAUGGGCAGUCCCUGGUCCACGUUGAUUAUACUCUCGGCUUACCUGCUCAUUGCGCUGAAGCCAGGAAGGAAGUUCAUGGAGAACCGAGAGCCAUUCGAUCUGAGAGGCGUAAUCAAGGUCUACAAUCUAGUACAAAUCUUGUACAACAGUCUGAUGUUGGCAUGUGGCCUUUACUUUCUAAUAUUUUUGAAGGCCUACGACCUAAGUUGCGUCCACAGAUUGCCCCUGGAUCACGAACACAAAAACUGGGAGCGCGUGCUCGCAUAUGCGUAUUACUUCAACAAGUACAUGGACCUGGCCGAGACCAUUUUCUUUUUGUUGCGAAAGAAGUUUAGGCAGAUAACAUUUCUGCACGUAUUUCACCAUUUCAACUUAGCCCUGUUUGGAUACUUUUACAUGACUUUCAGCGGGUAUGGCGGUGUCAUGUUCCCCGUGUGCCUUCUAAAUGUGGCGGUGCACAUUAUCAUGUACACCUACUAUUACCUGUCCUCGGUCAGUACGAAGGUUCAGGCCAGUCUGUGGUGGAAGAAGUACAUCACCAUCGUCCAGUUAGUUCAGUUCCUUCUGGGGUUCAUAUACUUUAGCAACACCUUAAGGCGGCCCAACUGCGAUGUUUCGCAAACGGUGAUAUAUCCGGGAAUGUUAUUGCAGAUCUCAUUCUUCGUGCUAUUCGGCAACUUCUAUGUACGCGCCUACAUACUGCCAGGCAGGAAACAGUCCCGACGGAAAAUGCUGUAAGC